GGUCACGAUUUUUGAACGAUCAAAAAAUCACAGAUUUUAACUUUAUUUAUAAGUCAGUUCUUUGUUACAAACUAAAACUGUAUAAAAUGAGUGAAACGAGUCCAGUUUAUUCUCCUUUUUUUGGUGUAAUGGGCUCUGCUGCAGCUAUAAUUUUUAGUUGUCUUGGCGCUGCUUAUGGUACCGCUAAAUCUGGAACUGGAAUUGCCGCCAUGGCUAUCAUGAAACCUGAACUAAUUAUGAAAGCAAUAAUUCCGGUGGUUAUGGCGGGUAUUAUUGCAAUUUACGGGCUAGUUGUGGCGAUUUUGAUAGCCGGAAAAUUAGAACCAUCUCCGAAAUACACGCUUUACGACGGGUUCAUUCAUUUGGGUGCAGGUCUUGCGGUUGGAUUUUCCGGAUUGGCUGCUGGUUUUGCGAUUGGUAUUGUUGGUGACUGCGGCGUUCGUGGUGUCGCUCAACAGCCCCGUCUAUUUGUUGGUAUGAUAUUGAUCCUUAUCUUUGCUGAAGUUUUGGGUCUAUACGGUUUGAUUGUGGCUGUCUACCUUUACGCUAAGUGAAUGACGAGAACUAACUGUUAUCCAAAUUUUGUCGAAUAAAGACAUAAUGGUCGGUGUUAUGUGUGCGAA